AUGCCUUCCCCGACCGAGCCCGUCCACCAGUUUGAUUCCAUUGAGGAUACAAUUGCUGCUUUCAAGAAUGGAGAGUUCAUAAUUGUUCUCGACUCGCAAGACCGUGAGAAUGAGGGCGAUCUCAUCAUCGCUGCCGAGUCGAUCACAGAUGCCCAGAUGGCAUUUCUGGUCCGCUAUACAAGUGGCUUGAUCUGCGCACCCAUCACCCCCGAAAUCGCCAGCCGACUGGCCCUGCCGCAAAUGGUGCUCGAAAACGCUGACCCCAAGGGCACCGCCUACACGAUCUCCAUCGACUCGAGCGACCCCUCCGUCACAACCGGUAUCUCCGCCCAGGACCGCGCGCUCGCAUGCCGAACCCUUGCCUCGCCGUCUGCUCGUAUCGACGACUUCCGAAGACCCGGCCACAUCAUCCCCCUGCAGGCGAAGGCCGGUGGGGUGCGCGAACGCAGAGGACACACCGAGGCCGCGGUCGAGUUCUGUCGUCUGGCGGGGAAGUCCCCGGCUGGUGUGAUCGCCGAGUUGGUGGAGGAUGGCGAGCUGGUCGAGGGGGUCCCUGAGAUCGGUGGAAAUAACGGCAUGAUGAGACGCGAUGGGUGUUUGAAGUUCGGUAAGAAAUGGGGCAUCAAGGUAUGCACGAUCGAGGAUCUGGUUGAGUAUGUUGAGAAGACGGACGGUGUGACGAAUGGGAAACAUUGA